UUCAGAGCUGUGGCUGCGAGCGUGAGGAGCAGAGGGAAAACUAGUUAGAGAAAACAAAGAUUUGCGCAGAGAGGAGAUGAAUAUGUUGUAGCGAAUCUGACAGCUGUAAAGAAAGAUCACUUAGCAGGUUUGGUUGUGCCUAAUUUGACACAUUAAUACUCAUAAUCAUGUCUGACAAACAGAGCAGCCAAAGGAAGCCAUCCACCAACAGGAACAUCAAGAAGCUGCGCACUGUUAGCAUGGUGAGCAGCCUUAUGAGCAGCUGGCAGAAGUGGGUGACGGACAAUGAGAAGAAGCAGGCCAGUGAACCCAGCGGCUGGUGUCCGUAUUCACUGGGAGGACCAGAAGAGAUACCUAGAAAGACAUGGGUCCCAAAGAAGCAUCCUCUCACUCAGAUCCAGCCAACAGAAGCUCCUCAAAAUCAUGAAAUCAGCUCUGGGGAGGCUCAAAAGACAACUCCUCACAAGGAGACCAAAGACACAAUCAAGACUGAGGAGGUCAAGACUUCAGCUGAGCCACCAUCUGGCAUCAAGGUAAAGCAAGUGGUGAAGACAGUUACCAGCGGGGUAACAGAGAAAGGUGCAGGCAUCGCGCUCCUGACAGAGAAGAUCAAGAGGGAGUCUCUGCCAUCAGAUGAGGAGAUUGACAGGCUUCUGAAGAAGAAAAGCUCGCCGACACGCCGCAGAAAAUGCUCCAACAUGGUGUCAUCUCUGACCAAAAGCUGGAAGCAAGUGGAGAAAGAGCACAAAGUUGGGAAAGAGGGAGGUGGACCAGAAAAGGGACGUACGUGUGGGAGUGAUAAAGGUGACAGUGAACAUCCUGAGGCAGAGAAGGAGAGGCUGGACUUGGAAGAUGCUCAAACACACACGACAAGCUUUUUGAAAGAAGCAGAGCAAGAAGACUCUGAAGAAGAGUCUUACUCAGCAAUACGGAUUAAAAGACCGUCAAUCUCUGCGUACAAAAAGGAAGCUGAGGAUGCCAACAAGAUCAACGCCCUUUCCAAGAAAUACAGCGCUGUGGGAAACCUCAAGAACCGCUGGCAGGACUGGGCCUCGGAGCACACCGUCAACCAGAAACUGAACCCCUUCAGUGAAUAUUUCGACUAUGAUUACUCCAUGUCCCUCCGCAUCCAAAAGGGUGAGGACGGUUACGGACGCCCCAAGGAGGGAUCCAAAACUGCAGAGAGAGCCAAACGUGCCGAGCAGCACAUCCACCGCGAGAUAGCUGACAUGUGCUACGUUAUCAGGACUAUGGCUGAUCCAGACCCAGACGGAAAGACCCGCAUCACGUUUGGACGGCUGUUUGACAGAUAUGUUCGGAUCUCUGACAAGGUAGUGGGGAUCCUGAUGAGAGCCAGGAAACACGGGAAGGUGGCGUUUGAAGGGGAGAUGCUGUGGCAAGGCCAGGAUGAUGGAGUGAUCAUUACUCUGCUGGUGUGAUGUUAACACCUGGGUCAGAGUGGCACUGGCAAUCCUCUUACAGGUACUUGUGAAAUGACCUCAGUCAUUAUCAAGCAGGGCUAAGAGGAGGAUUUAAAAUACAGUCUGACCUGGGUCUAUUCAGUGGACGCUUGCAGAACAAUAUCAAAGGAGUGUGGAGACUACAAAGCUUGGCGGAUGAAUUCAUGUGGAUUAUCAAAAGAAUAUUUUGCUGCUAUUUCUGUCGACUCUUUCUGUCAGUGUUGUGGACAUUUUGAGUUGUAGCUGCCACGCACAUAUUUUGAAAAAGACUUUGAAGUUUUAAAUCAGGAGCUCUGGAGAGUUAGCAUUCUAGUUUUUGGGCCGCUUAAGUUUCCAUUCAAAGUUCCCAUACGUGUCUCUUUCGCACUUUCUUUAUGGCUUAUGUUAAUGAGAUACUUGACUACGUGUUAAUGUACCAAAUAACCAUCAGACUCGCAGUGUAGUGCAGCGCAGUAGUUCAAACACGGAUUGGGUUUCAUUGCCUGAAUACCUGCAGCUCAGCAUUCAUUAUACAGCAGCAGGCACAAUGCAGAGGAACAGAGCAGACCACAGCACUUUUAAAUCUCGUGGCCUGUUCGGCUGAGCCUCUAAUGAUUAAUGUAAGGGGUGACUAUGGCUGUCUGGGGGAAAAAAGGAAAGCUUUCCUUUUCACAUCCAGUUAUUGAGUGUUAGUGGAAUUCUUUGCAGUCUGUACAAUAAUACGGAAACAAUUUUAGCAGCUAUUUUUGGUGUCUGACAUAUAGGGGUGAUGGGCUGAUAAAUUGAGAAUGCUAUUUGUUUUCUUGCCAAGCAUACUGUGCAUUUGAAGUAUUUACUUGCACUCUCAUUAAAGGCAUACGAUGCAGGAUUUUAUGAAAAGAAAAGAAAUGUCCUUUAGUUUUCUAUUAUUGUAUUAUUCUGAAAGUCAGUCUCCUCAUGAGUCAUGUCUUUUUGUCUGUUUCCUGUCACGCCUGCCUCCUAUCAGUCUCAUUAGUCCUUCCCUAUUUCCAGAGUUUUCCCUGCACCCCUAUCUUCUAUUAGUCUUGUUUGUUUCACCCUAGAGUUCCCUACCCACGCCGUCAUUGUCAGCAAACCCCCGUGUUUUCCCUCCUUUUGCCCAUGCCCACCUACUUUAGCCGAGUCUUGUUCUUGUGAUUAGUUUUGUCCUUUGUCAGUUCAUUCCCUGGUUUGCUUUCCCUGCUUGCGCUGAUCUCUCGUGUUCCUAGUUGGAUUGCUUCUCUGUGGUCAUCCUCGUAGUCAUGGUACCAUCCUGGUUUGUUCUCAGUUUAGUUUUGGUGCUUCUUUCUUUUGUACUUUGAAUUACGUCUGCCUGCAUCUUCAGUUUCAUUACCUGCCUGUCUUGGAUGUACUUUAUCAGCUACAUUAAAGCUUGUUUUUCUGUUUAAUCCAUCUGCCUGCUGGCUGUGCUGCAUUUGGGUCUGCUUUUGUACCGAAACCUUAACAAAAACAAUGUAUUGAGUCCUUCAAAAGUAAUCCCUCUCAAUCAUGGCUUAUAACCCCACUAGAAGUGUGUGGCUGUGCAUUUGCCCUCUCUAUUCAUUGGCACGGCAGACAGGUGAGGCUGGGACUUUAUAAAAAAGGUAGUGACUAGGUGCCAGAGCAUAAGCAGCAUGCAUCUAAAAGGAAAUCCAGACACACCAAUGAAAAAACUUCAACAAUAGCUCAUAGCAAAUCUGGGGUUGACUGCAACUUUAAAUGGAAAUGCUGUUUACAAGCAGUAGCUGAUAUGCAUAGUGUAGUCCAAGUAGUAUUAAUCGUUUUUGAACAGCAGGUGAACAGUUCGCUGGCAGAGACGGAAAGCAUUGGCUGAAAUGCAAUCUUGGAAUCUGUCAUCUGAUGAGGAGUUAGCCUCAUAUAACCUUUUUGAAAAUGUAUCUUUAUUCAUAUGCCAAUGUAUCCUCACACAAUGAAUCAUAUGAUACUUUACGAAUUGGCUCCCCAGGAAUGACUUUACGUACUUAACGUCAAGUAACGUAAUUAGCAUUAAGUUACGAAGGUUAGGUUUAGGCAAGUAAAGAUACUGUGGUUAGGUUUAGGAAAAGAAACACGGUGAGAGUCAUAUCCAACAAAACACUGUACACCUGCAGUUCGUAACCUGCAGUAAGAUAAAUUUUUGGCCACUUGAGGGCAGCAGAACAACAGUGACAUGUCACCUUUUAACUUGAUAUAGUGAACUUGUUGACAAAGUUGCUUAUUUAUACAUCCAACAAAUAUGGAGCAACGUUACAUUUAACUGGAGUUGUGUUUGUGUCCACCUGCUGAAUGCAAGGACAGUAUUUACUUUACUUUUAGCUCUGUUUUUGGUCUCUACCAACUCCCGAGAGGUCAUUUCUCUCCCUUUAGCUGCUGUCUCUAAAUGUGUCCGUCUAGUGUGUGGCGCUGAGGCUGUGGUGUACAGUGGGGUUUUUCCUCUGAAAACAACUGCUAUGAGAAAACGAUGCUUUGAGAGCAAUGAGAGGGAACCAAAACAGUAAAGCUGUGAACUGGACUGCUAGACAAUGAGGCGAAUCUCACUAUAACACUCCAUAAAGCCUAGAGGAGCUGCAGAUUCAGGCGUAUUCUCUGAUUCAUCAGCACAGUGUUUUCACAUUACAGUUUGGUACUUUGUUUUUAAACCUUUAUCCUAACUUUUGCUUUCUCCCAACACAUGAACCAGGUGUAAUGUCUUUCUUGUAAUAAUGCAGGCACUUUUAUUUCAGGAUAUGAUUAAAAAACUAAGCUGUCUCUUUCCAUCUUACACUGAUCAUGAUACGAACAGUCUGACAUGGUGACAUGAUUAUCAUGGACACUGGAUCAUCAAGACAAUUUCUUUUUACCCAUGACAAAGGUGCUGUACAGGUGGUGGUGUACUUCAUAAAUAUAAACUGUUCAAUAAUGCAGUCGGGAACAGAAGCCGUGCAAUAAAUACAACCAGUUCAUACCAUUAACUACAGUCCUAGUCAGUGUUGGUCACCGCUAACAGGGGCCGAAUGCUGUAUGCAGGCCAGCCCACAGGCCACCCCUUCAACAUGUAUCCCACCAACAGUGACACUGAGCUACACUGACCUGGUCAGGUCUGUGUACUCAUCACCUUCAUCAGAGAAUACUGUGCUGCCGAUGAUCCACCUGCUAACAACACUGCUGAGCACAGAGGAGGGGAGCAGUUGCUACCAUUUUUCAGCAAUUCUGCCAAACCUAUUCAAUGACAAUCACACUUUAUUUCAGAAUUUUGGUUAAUAAUUAUUCUGAUUGAUAUAUCUAUGUCAAUGUGACAGUCAUUAGUUUAGGGAUUUGACACUGGGGUGACCUGGGGAGCUGACUGUAUGCAGGGAGGGAAAAGUAUCCUAAGGCAUCCAUUGCUGUACUAAAAACAGCUUGCUGCAGCUACACUGUAGAACAGAGAAUGUUUUUGGCUGUUUUACUGACUUUCUCAACUUUGAAUGAAUGAACUUUACCAACUCUUUAACACACUCCACUCAGCACAAUAGCACUUGUUUUACAAUUGCCACUUAUUCACAAAAAUAUAAUUUUCUUUUCGUUUCUACCCUUUGUUUUGUUGAUUUCUUUGUCUCUAUUUUUAGUAGGCUUGAAUUUAUGACUCAUGACAUUCUCUUUUUCAAAACCCCAUUACAACAAGCAGGAAGAUUAAGCACAACUACACACUCACACACACACUCACACAGUUACUGUACAUGAUUAUCAGUUAACAGGAAGUCAGAGAAACCCCUCAGACAGGCUGAGCACACCUUAAAACAAAAGAAGAAACCAGGAAGGAACCCGGACAUGCAUACCAACAAACCAGACACACCGGUUACACACCACACUGAAGAAACAGACAGAAUUCCUCAUUCUGUCACCUAUAGUACCUGUUCAUCACUACAGGAUAUCACUCAUAAAAUGUUACCAUGACAUAGGCAGGCAAGUAGUAGGCUGGGCCCCUUGUAACAAUUGGUUUUGUUUACAUGUUUCCUACUUGCAAUACCUGUGCUGCAUAUUUCUCUCUGGAGAUAGUUUACUCCUAAGAGGGCCUUUUAUCCUUUACUCAGUUUCUGUUAUAUAUAAUGUUACAAUAUCAGAUGUGCAUAUCAAAUAUGGCAAGUUUCAGAUAAUGAGGUAAACGUAUGUAAUCCAAGUGAGCAAAAACCUCCGGUGUCAGAGUGCUCUGAAUAUUCUAUUCCCAACAUUUUGUUCUACUUUUGAGACAAGCUGACGUCAGCUCGUGAAAGAUUUCUUUAUAUGGUCAUCUGCUCCAGGCACACUACUGCAAGUGUUUAUAUCACGGAGCAUACACUGCUACAUGUAGCCACAUGCUAACAUCAGUGAAACAUGUAAUCUUGGUUGCUGAUGUUUUGAAUUUCACCCCACUUUCAGAUCAUAUUCCUGCUGGGACAUGUCCAGUUGUGUUUAGAAGCUUUUAUUGGGGAUUUUUCACAGUAAAAAGUGCUGCUGUUUUUUGUUGCAGUCAUGCCCCGGCUGCAAUAACAGUGCAGAAACACUUAGAUACGAAAGACCCGGAAAGGCUGACCAGUCAGAGCAGACUGGGUCUGUUCAGGAGGGGGCAUAAAGAGACAGGUGAUCCAACAGUAUUUCAUACAGAGGAUGACAGGGGGUGAUCCAGCACAGACAGAAUGAGGAAAAUAAAGUGUUUUCUGAAAAAUAGAGUAAGGUAAAUAUGUUCUACUCAAAACCCAAAAUGCAACUAUGAGCCUGAAAAUUAGCAUAAUAGGUUGCCUGAUCCUGGUCUCACUCCUCAGUCGUCAAAAACCAUUGCUUGGGCAGUGACUUGCAACGUCAGAAACCAACAGAGAAAAAACGCCCUUUAACGUCGGUAUGAUAACCAGCCAGUUGCUGUUAUAGUUUAAUAGAACCUGGCAGCGUCAGGGGGAAACACGGUGGGACAAAGACGAAAGUCAAGGCGACGAAAGUCCAACUGGGACAGGUGGGUGGGAGGGGUGGUGGAUGGGUCCAACAAACUUUCAACUUGUCCCAAACUUUCAACUGAGAGAGCAGUGUUCACGUUCUGUAAGAUUCUAAAGCCAAUCCCUGUUGGGAUUUUAUCCUAAACCUUACCAUGUGUUUUUGUUGUCGAAGGAAAAAACAUUAAUUCAAUUUAAUUAAUCAAUUUGCAUUACCUACAUAAUGCGUUUAUUUUGAAAGAGACGUAUGAAAACGUUAAAUUUCCUGUUAAAAAGGAAGUGUAUUUUCAAAAGAAGACAAUACCAGGCAGAGCUUGACAUGGCGUCCCAGAGUGUCAACAGCGCCAGCUCACAGAGGGUACACUGCACGUCCUAUGUGGCCGUGGAAACUCGAUGACUAAACGUUAAUAUGUGACAAGGUCGGAGUGAGAAUGUGUUGGUCCCCUUGAAUUAAUUUGCAGAUGCUCCAUUUGCUUCCUAAUAUUCACUUUCAGUACAUUGGAUAGCCACAACAUUUUAUAAGGCAAACAUGAAAUUUCUAACAUGUUUAGUGCAUCCCACAGUGUUCAUUUUCAUAUGUGGAAGGAAAUCAGAUUGGACCUCUGAGGACUGUGAGAUGUCAAGGUGACCACCCGUCCACUGGGUCCAGUGGUAUAAUGUUACAAAGUAAUAAUACUGUACUUUGUAAAAGUACUGUAAUGGAAAUUUCUACCACUGUCUUAUUAUGCUCAUGACAAUGGAAACCACCAGAACAAAAGUGUGUGUUUGUUACUUUAGCAACAGUGUCCUGUAACAGAUUCAUCUUGUCCUUGGUCAAGCCACACAGAACUGGUUCAAACCUAUAUUUCUUAUCAACUGCUUGCAUACCUCUGUUGUGUGACCUUUCUGCCCUGUCUAUAAAUGUCUGGCUGUUAGUAACUGUUUUCAGCUCUCACUCAGAUACUGAAGUCUCUGUAUGACCCGAUUGCUCUUCUUGCAAAAAUAAACCACAUAAAAGAUUUU